AUGCUGAGGGCGGCGGUGCUCAUCGUCUUCCUCCUCUCCGUCGCCCGGCACGGGUGCUCGCAGAUCUACAACGCAAUCUACAGCUUCGGGGACUCCAUCUCCGACACCGGCAACCUUUGCACGGGCUCCGGCGGCUGCCCGUCCUGGCUCACCACCGGGCAGCCGCCGUACGGGAACACCCACUUCGGGCGCCCCACCGGCCGGUGCACCGACGGCCGCGUCGUCGUAGACUUCCUAGCUGAGCACUUCCGCUUGCCGCUGCUUCCACCGUCCAAGGCGAGCGGCGGCGACUUCAAGAAGGGCGCGAACAUGGCCAUCAUCGGCGCCACCACCAUGGACUUCGACUUCUUCCAGUCACACGGCCUGGGCAACAGCAUCUGGAACAACGGGCCCCUGGGCACCCAGAUCCAGUGGUUCCAGCAGCUCAUGCCCUCCAUCUGCGGCAGCGAUUGCAAGAGCUACCUGAACAACUCCCUGUUCAUCGUCGGCGAGUUCGGCGGCAACGACUACAACGCGCCGCUCUUCGGCGGCAAGGGCAUGGCCGAGGUCAGAACCUACGUGCCCCAGAUCAUCGACAAGAUCACGAACAGCCUAGAGGCGCUGAUCGAGCUCGGCGCCGUGGACGUCGUGGUGCCGGGCGUGCUGCCGAUCGGGUGCUUCCCGCUGUACCUGACGCUGUACCCGAGCUCCAGCAAGGACGACUACGACGAGAUCGGCUGCCUCAAGAGCUUCAACAACCUGUCCAGCUACCACAACGAUCUGCUGAAGCAGGCGGUGUCGGGCCUCCGGAGCAAGCACGCCGGCGUCAGGCUCAUGUACGCCGACUUCUACGCCCAGGUCGCCGACAUGGUCCGCUCACCGGAGACCUUCGGGCUGAAAUAUGGGCUGAGAGUGUGCUGCGGCGCCGGCGGGCAGGGCAGCUACAACUACAAUAACAGGGCGCGGUGCGGGAUGACCGGGGCGAGCGCCUGCGCCGACCCGGAGAAGCACCUGGUCUGGGACGGCAUCCACCUCACCGACGCCGCCUACCACGCCGUCGCCGACGGGUGGCUCAACGGGACCUACUGCACCCCCGGCAUCCUGCGCUGA